GUGGAAGUGAUUUAUUUGUGCGUUCCAGGAGUGGCAGGGAAGCUGGUGAAGGAAGGCCGUAAGGUUGAUCUUUUCGUUGUUGAACUGCUCAAUUCACUACUAGUCAUGAACGGGAACGGAUUGGACGUGUUUCCGCCAACACAAUCUUUCCGCAGGAGUGGUGGAUUACCAGUGCUUUGCUUGAAGGGCGCAAGAUGCCACUAGUCAAUACCAACAUGUGUGCCGAUUACCUUUUCUACGUUAGCCGGGCGGAUAUCUUUUCCGUUUAUCCGUCAAUCUUGCAGGAGAUUCUGGUUGUGGAGGAGCUCCUUCGAGCAAAGAAAGUUACAAACUUGGGAGUCACUGUUAAUACCGAUCAGUUGAGGCUGCAGCUGCCGAGUGAGUUCGAGUGGCAGUUGAAGCAGUACUUUCGACUCUUGGAACAGCAGAAGAAAAUCAACGCAGCUACUGAAAGUGGAAUUCAACUCAAAACCUCUCUGGAUCUAAAAGAGACCACCAUCUGGGAAUCGAAAGCGAAAUCAAUCGAAGAUGUGUCGCCCUUCACCUCGCCAACGCCCGGCGGGGACUCGGCAGCAUUCCGUCGCAAACGGCGCCGCUGCUUUCCGGACAAUCCGAUCGACUUUUGCAACAUUGACGAGUACAACCAGUGGCGCCUGGAGGACAUUGCCCGCGCCGGUAAACUACUGAAAAAGCCUCCCCUCGAAGUAUCGUUUGACGAUGAGUUUGAAAUGCGGAAAGUUUUCUCCAUGAUCUACGACGUUUUCCGAUUCAAAUUAGUGUUGCAACAAGCUUUGAAAAACAUUCACUUCUACGAAAGCUAUCCACAGCUUGAACAUGAAACUACACGCGUUUGGCUAGUCUUAUACGACAUGUAUCUGCGAAAGUUCACGAAACGGGAGCCCGAAUUGAUCCCUCUGAAAGAUAUGCUUUUCACAGGGGCUCACUUACUUGAUAUUGAACACUGCUUGGAGAGCAACAGCGUCAAGAUUGCUGCGGCCCUAACCCGCAUUCGCAUUCAGAACAGUGCCUACAGCUUGAUUAGUCUACUGCCGCCGCAUCUCCAGGACGACAAGGUCGCCGUCGUGGUCUCGAAUCCGAUCAUAACCGGUUGGAUCAAUACCUUCCGAAUUAAGACCAAGCGACAGGCCAACGAACGAAUGAGGUCCCUCGGAUUCGAAGUGAUCGAAGAACCUCUAGUAUCCCAUGCAAGUAUGCUAAAUCUGUUCAACCCGAAGGAAAAGAUCUACAUACCACUUUCGGUUGGGAGGUACAAAUGGGAUAAACUAUGUCCCCAGGUCAUUGCUCUUUAUCCGGAAAAGCGAACCGAAUUCAUACGAUCGGAGGUCUUCGAACAGCAUGAGAUAGUGAUACAGGAUCGAUCGUUCAUGAUUGGUCCGACGAUAUUCACGAAUUUGUUGGAGUUUUACGAAUUGUACGGAGAUGUAGUUCAAACGCACAUCUCCUCACCAAGAUCGACAGCCUUUCUAGCGUCUUUGCUGGUCAAUUGCAAGAGGUGCCGGAACUUCAUCGCAUUCGGGUGUGGCAACAAGCUAAACGACUAUCGAAAGUACAUGGCUGCACUGGGAGUUACCAACGUCAGGUUGUAUGCGGAGAGUUUUGCAGACGUUCCACACGGAGCGAACAUAAUCGACAAGGUAGUUGGUAUCUUCGCCAACCCACCGAGUUCGUACUCGGCCGUUAGUGAUCCGAUAGAUUUGAUCUGCAGCCGUGGAGGUGAUCUCUCGAUGCUGGAAGUACUUUCCGAAUCGGAAAUGACCGACAAAAGUAGACAGCGGGUGGCUAAACUGCUUGAAGAGCAACGGGAAAACUUGAAGCACGCCAUGGCUAGACCACAGGUGCAGUUCAUUCUCUACCAGACACAUUCGAUCGUGCCUACCGAGAAUGAAGUCAUGGUCGAGAAAGUUAUCGAGUACAUUAACCAAAGGGCAUAUGAGGUACAUUUUCAAGCAGCCAAGGAGAGGGCGCAGGCUGCUCUUGCGGAAGCUGCUGGGAAUCUGGUGGUGAACAGACUUAUGAUGGGUCGUCAAGAUACUAGCAAAGCAGGAAAACAGGAAGAACCCGUCAUUGAAAAUGAUUCCGAAACGGAUGGAGAUUCACAAAAACCCUCGGAAGAGGAGGUCGAGGUACCUUUGAGUGAUCAGUUUGAAACGAUUGAGGUGCCAGAUUUUUGUCCGAACCGUGAUAGUUGUUUGGAUUUUGUGGAAGAUGGCGUGUUCUUGUCAUUGAUCAAGCGGAAGGAAGUAACCCGUCUUGAUUCUAAGUAUUUGAUCAAGAUUGCUGAAGUUCGGGGGAUAUUCGGCGAUACUAAUGGUAACGAGGCAAGGACAAACGUCAAGGUCGUUAAGCGAUCGGAUAAGAAGUCCGAAGAACAGGAAGCAAUUGAGAUCGGGAAUCGUAAGCGACGGCUCAAGCGCCGUGGUAGCAAUAUGGAUUCACUGAUCAGUCGAUUGAAUACUCCGACGCAAGCUUCGCUGAAGCGAGGCCACCACCACCGGAUGUCCUCGGUGGAGCACAAGUUUAUGUUCUUUGAUCCGUACCAGGAGUGGUGUCCCAAGUACGCUGCCGUUCAAAGCGAAUACAAUCUUUCUGUACUCAGUGAUGAUAAGUUGUCACUGCAUUCUGUUGAUGAGACGCCACGUGCCCGCAUUUGGUGGCGGGAUACGAUCCAGUACGUCCGAAAUCAAAUUCGGAUGAAAAAGCAAUGUGACGAAAAGAGUUUGCCAGUGCUGACUCUCAAAAGGCAUUUUGGCCAUUGCAGGUUGGGUGAGGUAGAUUUCUCCAAGAGAUUCCGAAGUAGCUACUGCAAUAGAGUUCCAUACCCAUUACCCGUUCGGAUCUUGGAGUUCAGGCAGUACAAUUCGGAAAACAGUCUGUUAUAUCGGUCCGAUAAAGACUCCAUCGCAGUGGCAAAGGCAGUCAGAUUGAGUCGGCAGAAUGCAAUUUCCAGUGGAUUUGGACGACGAGUGCGUGUGCGAUCAUCGCAGUCCUGUUGA